AUAUCACCAACUCCGCGUCAAGCUUUAGCGACGACGGACGAGAGAGCAUGCAGUGUACAUGUACGUUAUGCAUGCGUGUAUGUGUAUGCUGGUACUCAGUUAUUUUUGCAUUGGCUUAACACAGCGACGUGAAGAGUACCAGUUAUAUAGUGAGUAGAGUAGAGUAGAAUCCUACUCGUACAUGUACCAUAGGAAAUCUCUUCGCAUAUCUUGCACCAAUUGUAUAUGCCAGAAUGACGUCCGCUGGCCCCCACGAUUAUUUUCACGUAUUUUCACUGCGUCUGCGUUGAGUUAUCUAUGCGCUAUACGAUCUCUUUGGUGUAUACACACAAAUUUCAUUUUGUCCGUCACAAGGUCACGCAGCUAGCUCCACGCUCCAGGCUACUUCUUCAAAGGAAGCCCUUGAAAGCUGCAAAUUUGCAUAUAGUGCACCACCAGUAGGUGUGCUCAUGGGGGUCAUUCGUCGGGCCUCAUCUCGUUACCAUUCUCUGUUAAAAAAUGUACUCUCAUCUGAUUCAGCAGCUCUCUAAAGGAUGAAAUAUAAGGCUACAGUCAGUUUGCAUGAAACCGAAAGCCAGAUUACUUAAGCAUCACCUCCUCAUUUUGGGACUAGGAAUAAUGUUCCGAUUCUUAAGAAGUUAUUUCAAUGAGAUUGUAAAAGAAGGUGAAAACAUCGGAUGCAUCGCCGUGUUUGGAAUGUUUACUAUAAACAUGAUCUGGAACGGUGUAAUAAAGAGUCUGGCUGUGAUGCUACCGACUCUACAGGAACAGUUCGGUGCUUCAACGUGGCUGGUUGGGUGGAUGAUAGCUUUAAUAGACGGCACUUGUGACCUAGCAGCUCCGUUUGCACCAAUAUUAAGGGAUGCGUUUGGAGUCAGAAUGGUCAUCAUGGUCAGCGGUGUGGCAAUGUGUGCAUCGCUUAUCUGUUCAGCUUUUUCAACCAGUUUGUCAACAAUGGCUGUCGUUCUGACAGUUAUUGGAGGACCCACACUUGGGAUUGCCAGUAUCAUAACCAGGGAUCUGAUUGGUCGAUGUUUCGACAAACACUACUCCACUGCGUUAGGCAUAACUGGUGUAGGUGGCUCUUUGGGGUACAUUAUUUUUGCCCCUCUGACGCAAUUCCUCUUGGACCUCUAUGGUUGGAGAGCAACGAUGAUGCUACUUGGUGCACUGUUCUUCAAUCUCACCGUGUGUGGCGCUCUAAUGAAAUCACGAGAUGGAGGCUACAAGGCGGUCGACAAUGGAAAACAGAGUGUUGUAGAUGAUCAAGAUAACGGAGCAAGUCGACAAAGUCGAUCAUCUCAUCGUACUUCCAUUUGUAACUUAAUCGCCAUGAAUCUACCUCUGGACUUAUUCACAUCAGUCCGUUACUGGCUUAUAACAUUCGCCUCUGUCAUGUUUUUUUUCUGUAUGUAUGCGUGGUUGAUCUACUUUGUACCACACGUCACUAUGUCAAAGGGAUUUUCGCCCACCGAUGCUGCUAACUUCGUUUUAGUUUUUGGUGUUGGAAAGAUGUUAGGGCAUUUACUCGUUGGUCAAGCCGUUUCUGCUUGUGACAAGAUUGGUCUAGAUGCUAAUGUGUGUAUGUUGAUAUCACUUGGUGUGAUGUCCACUUACUAUUUCAUUGAUCCAUGUUUGAUAAUUAGCUGGGCGAUUUAUGUCAGUGUAUUCAUUUAUGGAUGUUUCCAUUCCUUCACGUAUACACUGUUUGACGUCAUCACAAAAGAAGCGAUCGGAGCGGAUCAGUUGGGAAGCGCCUUCGGAUGGAUUGCGUUCAAAUGUGGUGCGAUGAGAUCUGCAUUGCUUUUCUUUCCAGGUUUGGUGUUUGAUACACUCGGUAGCUACACCUUAGCAUUCCUCAUCAUGGGUGGAAUGAACUUACUGAGCUUCUUUGCACUGCUCUACCUGAUGUGGUUAAAAAGACACCGUCUAGAAACUGGCAUUUAAAUAGCUUGAACUUCCAAUGCUUAAACCCUCCCAAAUGGUCUGCAGCCAGUAGAUCAAAAACAUAUUUUAAUUAUCAACUUUUUUUCUUUUUUUUGGCAAAAACAUGUGAAAACCUUUAAAUUUCUAUCCGCUGACAGGCCCGAUCGACAUGGUCUGUGCAAACAAAUACUAUAGUUUUACAGUGUAGAAACAUACGAAACAAAUGUUAAAAAUUAAAACAAGUAAUUUGUUUUCGAAACAGCAUUGGUGUACCUCUUUUACUUAGAGAAUAUUCAGAUAUAACUCGGCCGAAUUUUCAAGAACAUCCCGUUAAACACAAUGUCACGCACCAUAUUACCACCACGGGCCCACCAGUGAAUGCACGUCCCCGACGAUUGGCCUCAGACAAGUUACAUAUAGCCAAAGCAGAAUUUAAUCACAUGCUUGACUUGGGAAUAAUCCGUCCCUCAAAAAGCCCAUGGUCUUCACCUUUGCACAUGGUACCUAAGAAAAAUGGCGAUUGGAGACCUUGCGGUGACUAUCGUGCUUUAUAUAAUGCCACAACACCUGAUAGGUACCCGAUUCCCCACAUUCACGAUUUUGCAGCAACCUUACAUGACAAGAAGAUUUUCAGUAAAGUUGACCUAGUCAAGGCUUACCACCAGAUACCUGUUGAACCCGAAGAUAUACCAAAAACGGCAAUAACUACACCUUUCGGCCUUUUUGAAUAUAUAAGAAUGCCAUUCGGGUUAAGAAAUGCUGCGCAAACAUUUCAAAGAUUUAUCGAUCAAGUAUUACACGGCUCGGAUUUCACCUAUGCUUAUAUUGACGAUUUGUUGAUUGCGAGUGAAAAUGAGCAACAACAUGAAUAUCAUCUUAGACUACUUUUUGACCGCUUACGAGAAUACGGGGUGGUAAUCAACCCUAGUAAAUGCGAAUUCAAAGUAACUAGUCUUGAUUUCUUAGGCCACCAUAUUGACUGUCAUGGUAUCAAACCUUUGGAAAAUAAGGUGAACUUAAUCCAAGACUUUCCAGUACCAAAUUCACUCCGCAAAUUGAGAGAAUUUCUGGGAUUGAUCAAUUUUUAUCGGCGUUUCAUCCCACAUUGCGCUGAUAUUUUGCAACCCUUGACUGACAUGCUGUCUUGCAAGUCAAAAGACAAAGCGAUUUCACUGACCGAAUGUGAAUUGGCAUCUUUCCAAAGAGCAAAAUCUACUCUAGCUGAAGCUACUAUGUUAGUACACCCAGCUGUAGACACCAAUACAUGUGUACACUGCAGAUUGAGGACAUACUUUUCAUACUAAUUUACUAUCCAAUGGAGGACAUUGCCAAAAGUCGAAUGGUACCUAUCGAUGUGAGGACAUAACACAUGAAUCCUUUUUCUUGCGGUUCACUAAUGUGAAUGUGUAUACUGGCCUUAUAGGAAAUGUUUUGGGGGUGGUA